AUAAAAGCAGUGAUUUUGGGGGGCUUUCUUCAUUGGAGAAGUCAAUUGCAACUUCCAACUGAGAAGUCAAAAUGAAGACCUUUAUCUUUUUGGCUUUCUUUGGCCUUGUACUCGUUGAGGGCUUUUCAUUGGCAGUAACUGAAAAUGAGUUCGCCAAAAUAGGAGAUGAAUUUGAAGCAGAAAAACCUCGAGGUGAAGAAUACAUAACAGGGAACGACGGAGAGUUCGAUGAGGAAGACCUAGAGGACGAUGAUAAGGCAAUGUCCAGAAGUAAAAACGAUAUGGUAAACGAAGAAGAGGAGUUUGACGAAGGAGCAUUCGACAAUGAUGAUGAUAGAGACGAAGUUAGUGACGAAGAUGACGUAGGAGCAAUAGAAAAGUCAGCUGACCCUUUUGGCUUUAGACGCCGGCUCACACGGCGUAGACGGUUCAGAGGGCGUAGACGGUUCAGAGGGCGUGUACGGCCCAGACGGCCCAGACGCGUACGCAUUCGACCUAGGAUUCGUCGUAGGUUUCGCGGUUGACGAAGAUGAUGGAAUGAACAAAGGCCUGAUGAAGGUCUUGAUGAAUGCCCAACUUAAAAAGGCAUGGAGAACUUAGGACCAAUCAUGAUAAGACAGCUUGUUCUACUUCUAAAAUAUAAUGGGAAGAAUAAGUCUUGAUUUGCUUUAAGUUCGCGUCGAUGAAAAUAAAGACAGUUCACUAACA